CCUGAAUAAUAUUUAUUGAUGAAGACAUUGCAGUUUGAGCUAUCUGAAACUGCGGUUCUCAUAUUAUUCAAAGUAAAAGUCUGCUACACUUUACUAUUUCCAAAAUGGCUGAAGAAAAUUCUGGAUCAAAAAUCACUAUUUUUGUGAAAACUCCCAAGGAAAAGCAAACUAUUGAAAUUGAUAGCAGUGCAACUGUAGAAGCGUUUAGGGAGGAAGUAGCCAAGAAGUUUAAUGCCCUAAAGGAGACAUUAUGUCUCAUAUUUGCUGGGAAAAUCUUGAAAGAUCCUGAGACCCUCACUCAGCACUCUAUCAAAGAUGGCCUAACAGUUCAUUUAGUAAUCAAAUCACAAAAUAAGUCCCAGGAACAGGCAGCCAGAGUUACUCAGCAGGCACCAACAAACAGGGCUAACCAAGGCAAUGAUAUACCAGCCACCCCCUUUGGCCUGGGUAAUUUAGGAGGUUUAGCAGGCAUGGAAGGUUUAGGUAUGGGCGGAUCUAACUUCAUGGAAAUGCAACAGCGAAUGCAGCAAGAGUUGAUGAGUAAUCCUGAGACAUUAAGGAACAUGAUGGACAGUCCUAUGGUGCAAUCUAUGAUGUCAAACCCUGAUAUCAUGCGUAACCUCAUAACUGCGAACCCCCAGAUGAGGGAACUUAUGGAGCGCAACCCGGAGAUUACACAUAUGCUUAACAACCCAGAGCUCAUGAGGCAGACAAUGGAACUAGCACGCAACCCGUCCAUGAUGCAGGAGCUAAUGCGCAGUCAAGAUAGAGCUAUGAGCAAUCUGGAGAGUUUCCCUGGUGGCUUCAAUGCCCUACAGAGAAUGUACAGAGAUGUUCAGGAACCUAUGAUGAAUGCAGCCCAAGAACAGUUGGGUGGCAACCCAUUUGCAGCUCUUCAAAAUCAAGGGGGAAACGCAAGUAGCAAUCAGCAAGGUACAGAGAACACAGCACCCUUGCCUAACCCCUGGGCACCCCGUUCUGCCACCUCUACCACUUCUACAGGGAGCAGCUCUACCACUAACACUUCCACCUCUUCUGGGGGACCCGGCCUUGGGGGACCAUUUGGUCCUAUGAACAGCCCUGGUAUCCAGAGUCUCAUGUCCCAGAUGUCAAGUAAUCCUCAAUUGAUGAGCAACAUGAUGCAGGCCCCCUACAUGCAGGCUAUGAUGCAGUCCCUCUCAGCAAACCCAGAAAUGGCACAACAGAUUUUGAGUCAGAACCCAAUGUUUGCUGGUAAUCCCCAGUUGCAAGACUAUGUUAGGAAUCAAAUGCCAGUGUUUUUGCAACAGAUGCAGAACCCUGAGGUUCAGAAUUUGAUGACAAACCCCCGAGCCUUGCAAGCUAUAAUGCAGAUCCAACAAGGCAUGCAACAAUUACAGAGUGAAGCACCAGGAUUGUCUAGUGGAAUGGGCCUACCUGGAAUGUCCAUGCCUCCAGCAUCCAUGCCUACCAACCCUACAACAUCAACAGCAACCACCACUAGCAGCACUCCAGGUACACCUAGUACAGCAAGUACAGACACAACAGCCACUACAGGCACAGACACAACUCCAAGCACAGACACCACAACCACUACCACUACGGGUACAACUUUGUCAUCUGGGACCCCUAGCACCCAAGGGACAACGGGGACAACUCCUGCUGGUGGAACAAACACUGACCCCAUGGGCAACUUUAUGGCACAAAUGAUAAAUAUGAUGGGCCGUGGACAACAUUUAAAUACAACCCAGCCUCCAGAGCAGAGAUUUUCUUCAGAAUUAGAACAAUUACAAAAUAUGGGAUUUGUAAACAGAGAGGCCAAUAUACAAGCGCUUAUUGCCACAUUUGGUGACGUGAAUGCUGCAAUAGAUAGACUGUUACAACAACAGCAGAGAUUAUAA